CAGUUGACAAACUAAUGGUCUGGAACGAAAGCUCAAUGAUGCAGAAGGGGUACAACGCGCGCCACCUGUCGUCAGGGGUCCGUGACAUGAGGUCUGUGAUUUCCUUUCAAAAAAGCGUUAGAGUGGGAUAGACGCGGGUUUGUUUUUUUUUCUUGGAGGAAAUUCGAGCGUCAAUGGUUAUAGAAAGAACCCGACAACUGGGAAUUCAUUCGGCCUAGACUGGAUUUUAUAGGUCACACGGAAGAAAUUGACAUACCUUCGGCUUUUCUUAUUUUAUAAGAGGAGCCUGCAGUGUUCAUCUAUACGGGAUUUUUUUUUUAAAUAUAAGUCACAGAAUUGGGAUAAAAAUCGUGAUAUCUGGUGUUCUGUUUUUCCAUUUCAGUGGAUGGUGCACUAAAUUACCAAAAUUACCGAAUUCUUAAAACAUGUGAGGGUUAUGAUUUUGAUUUGAUUUUUUUUUUCUUAGAGGAAAAUACUUUUUUUAUUAAUUAAAAGUGAUGGAUAUGAAAUAUUUAAUCAGUGUGCUUGCAUUCUUUGUUCUGGGCGUGUGCAUGCCCUUUGAACUUUAGAAAUGACACAGCGAUAUGCGAUGGAGCUCCGAGGGAGGAUAUCCGUAACGAGGAGCAUUACGGGAAAUCCAAUCUGGACGAUAGUGAGACUGUGUUCAAUAGUUCUUAUUCUCGCUCGGGAGGUGUGGCCACACGCUAAAAUGUUAGAUCCACCCUCGAGAUCGACGUUGUGGCGGCAGGGGUACAGCGCUAGCGUAAAUUACGACGACAGUCAGCUGUUCUGUGGCGGGUAUAGGAACGUUGUGCAGAAUGGUGGAAAAUGUGGCGUGUGCGGUGACCCGUAUCAAGGACCCCAUGAAAACGAGGCUGGUGGGAAAUAUGCCAGCGGUAUCAUUUCUAGACAUUAUGACGUCAGUGAUAAAUACCUCAACGUAACCAUUGACCUCUCAGUGUUUCAUAAAGGAUAUUUUGAAUUCCGAAUUUGUCCGAACAAUGACGUAAAUGUCCGAGUAAAACAAGCGUGCUUAGACCGCUAUUUGUUAAAGAUACAGUCUGUGGAGUUUUUUCCUGUUGUUGACGGAAUGUAUAUGAAGUCUGGUUCAUUUAUUCCCGGCAGUACUCGGUAUUUUCCGGAAGACCGAGGCGUCUACGACCUGAGGUUGGUGAUUCCGGAAAGACUGAACUGUAGUCAAUGUGUGCUGCAGUGGACCCACGUGACAGGUGAGGUCAAGAUAAAAAUAGAUGAAGUCAUUUUGAGUCCACCAGGGUUUUUUUUUUUUUUUUUUUAAACAAAGUUCAGAUUGCUUUCUACUAAAACUGCAUUUUUUGACUAAAUCAAGUAAAUUUGAAAGCUUUUGAUUUCAAAAUAUUGUUGUACAUACCCUCCACUUUUCUUCUAUAUCAAAUACCUCUGGUGUAACAUACCUCCUUAAGGAAUACAUGCAUAUCAUUCCAAAAUGAACAAAAAUAUUCAGAAGUCAUUCUAGACUUAAAUCCCUAACAAUGUUUAAGUUUAGAUCCUUCGUCGUCACACUGACAGAGAGCUGCAUCAUUUCAAAACUACUACACAACCAUCGAAUCCCAGGGGGACCCGGGUUAGAGUAGACCUCAGUACUCCUUGCUUGUCGUAAGAGGCGACUAAAUGGGGCGGUCCUUCGGAUGAAACUACAAAAACCGAGGUCCCGUGCCACAGCAGGUGUGGCACG